UGCUGUUCCCGCCCCUGUCCAGACGCCAUCUUCCUGCGGGCAGUUGGGCAGCCGUGUUGCUAGUGGUGUUUGAAACGGUUCUCCUAACGGCGGCAGGUUACAGAAUUCAGUUACAAUGGGAAACAUCUUUGAAAAGCUGUUUAAAAGUCUAUUUGGAAAAAAAGAGAUGCGGAUCCUUAUGGUGGGUUUAGAUGCAGCUGGAAAAACCACCAUCUUAUAUAAAUUAAAACUGGGAGAGAUUGUGACGACCAUCCCUACAAUAGGUUUCAAUGUGGAGACAGUAGAAUAUAAAAAUAUCAGCUUCACAGUCUGGGAUGUUGGUGGCCAGGACAAAAUUAGACCUUUGUGGCGACAUUACUUCCAGAACACCCAAGGUCUGAUUUUUGUAGUUGACAGUAAUGACAGAGAGCGGGUUAACGAAGCCCGGGAAGAACUAACUAGAAUGUUAGCAGAAGAUGAGCUCCGAGAUGCAGUUUUAUUGGUGUUUGUAAAUAAACAGGAUCUUCCCAAUGCCAUGAAUGCAGCAGAAAUAACGGACAAGCUCGGCUUACAUUCCCUUCGUCAGAGAAACUGGGCCAGUUACCUGUUAAAUCAGUGAGAUCCUCUGGUUUUCCUCUUCUGCCCUCUACAGUGGGUGGAGCUGUGGAUCCUGCCUUUCUCCUCUGCACAGGCCUCUCCUGCCUGGCCCUACUCAUCAGCAGGAAGGUUGGGGCCAACUCUUCCACCCAUUGGUCCCCUGGGAACCACUGCAGCAGGAAGUGUACCUAUGGGCCCCGGUAGUCUCCGGGAAUACUUAGCUUCCAUCUACCUGCAACAAGCUCAAUUCAGCAUUUGUGGAACAAGAGCUUUCACACCUGAAAAGGAAAACGGUAUGUGUCACCUGGGGACAGUGAGAUGAGGCAUGCACAGGCUCGGUGUAGUGCCUGGCACCAAGGAUACUCAGGUAGAGCUAAGGUGGAGCAGACAUGAUGGGGUGGGGGGUCACGGACCAGGGAGGAAACAAGGACUGCCAGUGAGGGGUGUGUGUGUGUGUGGGAAGAGGAGAUGGAUUCUGGGGAGAAAGUUCUCUUCAGGACCCUCAAAAGCUGCUCUGAGAACCCACCCUUACAGGAACUCUAGGGGUAGUCAUGCUGCAAGGAAAUCGGAGCACUAGGCAAUUUAUGGACCAUCUGACCGGCUUUUUCAUCAGGAAAAAUAGAUGGUAGCACAGGCUUUGGCAGCUGCACUUCUUUGACCUGCCCUUGGCAGCAGCACCCUUCCCUUUGAGAGUUUCCAGUCAGAAAACUGCAGGGCCUUUGAAGACAGGACACAGACUCCAGAAAAGUAAUGCCCAGGCCAGAGGACCAGUGCCUGCACUGAGCAAACCAGCAGAACCUGGGACUGUUUGCCAACCCUGGGCCGUGACCCCAUCCCCAGAGGCAUUGCCUUCUCUGUCCCGUGAAGCUGCCCCUGCCCUCCCUAAUGCAGGUACAGCCUUUGUCAUACAGCACAGUUAGAUGUGCAGGUUCUGGGGCCAGACUACCCGGGUUCACAUCCAGCUUUCACAUACACCAGUCAGGUCCCUUGGGCAAGCUACUUGGCCCCACUGUGCCUCUGGUUUCUGCACUGUAUAGUGGAGCAGCAGGGGCUUAGGGAGUUACUGCUUGCGAGGUACCUGCAACAGUGCCUGGCAUUUAACAAGCACUCCACAAGUGCCAUCUACGUGGCCAGCUGUGCACAGAUCUGGGUCUUGGGGUCAUCUCUGUGUGCCUGAUGCCCUGGGUCCUUCUUCCCUUUAAAAAUUUUUGCUACUGUUCUUUAUUCUUUUUCCCCUCUGUACAGGGAAUCAAACCUAGGGCUUUGUGCAUGCUGUGUUCUCAGCCCUUCCAUUUUAAAAGCCGUCUCUUUGUUUCCCUGUCUGUCUCUUGUUUUCCUUCUCCCUUUUUCAGCAUGUGAUUCAUUCAACAAACAGGAAUACAGCUCCUACCAUGUGCAGGCACUUAGGAGGAGGUGGGUGCUGGGGGCACAGAUAUGGAACAUACAGAGCCCUGUCCCGGACUCUAGGGGCCAGGGCUAGUCACAGUAGUAGCAGUUGGUCUGUGCUGCUGCUGUCUUCACUAUUACUACGGUGGGUCAGUCUAGAGAAACCCAGGCCCUGAAGACUGAGCUCCCCCAGGCCCCACAGGAGACAGGGCUGCUAUGGCCCUCAAUCUCCAGGGAGAACCGGAAGGCUGCCCCAGAGGAGACCAGCAGCGGGCAGCUGACCUGAGAGUCUGGCUGAGAGUGAAGGGAACUACUGGUUGACAGUGUAACUAUCAUAUACCCAAAAGCUCCUUGGCCAGGCAGCUCUAUCCUGCUGAUGACAGACCCACGACUCACUCCAGAUCAUGCAGGACCAGACCCUGAAGGUAAUAGAUACCAUGGGAAUUUGGGGAAGCUCACCUCCCAUCAUGUCCCACUUACCAGAGCCACAUGUAUGUUCUCACAUACCUCAGAGCCCUUUCACAUGCUGUUCAUCUGAGCUUGCCCACCCCCCGAUCUCAGGCCUCCUCCGUCUUUCAGUGUCACGCGUACCCUUCAAGAACCAGUGCCCAGUGACCUCCUCUGGGACAGCUUCUUCCGUGUUCCAGCACAUAAGGAGCCCCUGCUUCUUCCAAGUUUCCAAUGCUUUCUACAUACUUUUACUACCACAGUUGUCACAUUGAAUAACUAUUUGCUUAUGGGCCUCCCCCACCGCCACCACUAUAGACAGUGAGUUCUUAAGACAAACAUCUGGGCUUCAGUUUUUUCUAUGGAAUCGAACACAUAGUUGGCACUCAAAAACUGUGUGCCAAGGGGUGGAUGGCCACCGAGGCCAUCCUCCACCUCUGCAUAAGUCUUGACCCAGAGCAGCCUCUGCUCAAAGCCUGGCCUAGAGAGGCAGAUAUCCUUGGAGGGUGAGCAUUGAGAGGGCCAGCUGGAUACAAGGAUAUAGAAUAAAAAGGCCUCUCUCUUAUUGAAGGCCAAAGAUCUAGGCUCUUUUUUUCCUACUAAUAAGCGGGAUGACUUGUUUGGAACAGUCUAAGUGUAAAUGCAUAUGAUGAGUUUGAGCUCAGAAGUAGCUGAGCCUCCUGUUCCCAUCUGAAGUGACCCACAAACCUGAAACUGUCUUUGCUGGAGAGGAAGUGAGAUGAGGCUUCCCACACAGAAAUCCAGGAGGGACACCUCAGAGGCCACCGAGCAAAAGCCCCAGAGCAGUUUAAUUUCUCUUUUGUAAUGCAAAAACAUAAAAUGUUCCACUUGUUGCCUUUAACAUGGAGAACAGAAAACAAACUGAUUUAACAAAUGAAGGAAUUAAUUAGAAAAUAUUCCUUCAGUUGUAUGUGAUGAGCAACCGAAUAGACAGCAGGGAGAGAGACUGGAAAGGGGAAAAAGAAGGGAGAUAGCAGCCCGGAGAGGGGAGAGAGGAGAAGGAAAGAGGAGGUGAGGGGAGAUGAACCCAGAAACUCGUCCAUGCACACACAUACACAUGUGUUGACCGUAUCAAAGACUUGCUGUUUAAGAUUAAUGCUUGACUUUUGUUUGCUUGUUGUUGUUUUGCCAUGGUAAGAGUGAUCUUGAGCACAUUUCUCUGUUGCUUUCUGGCUUCUACAAUGAGAAAUUACCAGGGAGGGGUGAUGCCUCUGUUAGUAAUGAUCAUUUUCUUUGUAAGCCUGUUUUUCCCCUCCUCUGGAAACUUUAAGACCUUCCUUUAUCUUCAUAUGCAUCACCAUGAAGUUAGUGUGGGUCUUUCUUCAUUCACUGUGUUGGGUGCUUAUGGUGCUGCGAAUCAAGUCCAAAGCCUCCUAACAUGCUAAGCGCGCUAUCACCGAGCUAUGCCCAGCCUUCAAUGGGCUCGUGAUGGUUGAUUAUGUCAAUUUGAGAAGUUUGGUUAAGAGAAGCUUAACUAAAUCAGCUCAGCAAUUCCACAUUUCCCCACCCUAGGGUGGCUCAUCUCUUGGAUAGUAUAAAGGAGAAAUGAAGGACAGAUCAUCAUCUGUUCUUCUGAGGAGUUCUGGUCUUCGCUUUUACCUUGGCUUCUAGAGCAGACUCUGGCUUCUGGAACAGAUCCUUCAGCCUUCUGGCAUAGACUCUUCCAUCUUCCCUCACAGACCCAUCAGCCUCCUGAUGCACACUCGCAUGCAUGGGACACUGCAGUGAG